UAAAUAUAUGUCAACAAGGCCAUGAAUUUGAAUAGGAGCUAGUGCCUAUAUAGCUAUAAUAAUAACUUUACAAUAACAUUUAUAGUAACCUAUCAUAGCAUUUCCAUAAUAGCCUUACCAUAUCACAUCUUUCUCUCUUAUACUUAGCCAAAAUUCAAUCUUAUGAAGAAGCAAAGAUGACACAAAAUCAUCACACAACACCCAAACAUAAUGAAAAUCUCAACAUAAUCUUCAUCACCACAACCAUGUUCAUACUAUUCCUACUCCAACACCUCAUUCCAACAACUUUAGGCCACUCAUUAGCCACUGAUAAAACAUCUCUUCUCACCUUCAAGAAAACAAUCUUCCAUGACCCUUACAAAACCCUUUUCAAUUGGAACCACACCGUCCAUGUUUGUCAUUUCAACGGGGUCUUUUGCGACCGUCACCACCACCGCGUGGCUCAGCUCAUCCUCAACGAAAGCCAGCUCGCGGGACUCCUCUCGCCCCACCUUUCUAACCUCACCGGUCUUCGCAUUCUUGUCCUCAUAAACAACCACCUUUAUGGAUCAUUUCCACAAGAGUUUUCUUCUCUUAGAAACCUUCAUUAUCUUCGGUUAGAUGGGAACCUAUUGCAAGGUUCAAUACCAGACUACAUUGUCCAUCUUCCUAAGUUGAUUGGUGUUGUUUUCUUAGGUAACUGUUUUAACGGUUCACUCUCAUCUUCUUUCUUCUCUAAUUGUUCUACCACUUUGGAAUCAUUUGAUGUUUCUGAUAACAAACUUAGUGGGAAUUUCCCUAUUACUAUUGGGAAUUGUAAGAACUUGUGGAGUCUUAGUCUUUAUAACAAUCAUUUCAAUGGUGAACUUCCUCAUUCUUUGAUCAAUACUUCAAUUGGGAAUUUAGAUAUUGAGUUUAACAACUUCUCUGGUGAGUUACCUUAUGAAAUUGUUGGGAAUUUGCCUGGUUUAAUGUACCUUCAUCUGUCAUAUAACUCAAUGGAAAGUCAUGAUUCAAACACCAAUCUCACACCUUUCUUUGAUGCUCUUGUGAAGUGUUCUAGCUUGGUUGAGUUGGAGUUAGCUGGUAUGAAACUCGGUGGAAGAUUGCCUGAUUCAGUUGGUGAACUUGGACCAAAUUUUUCAUCUUUACAACUUCAAGAAAAUAGAUUGUUUGGAACAAUUCCUCCCAACAUUUCAAACCUUAAAAUGCUUAACAUUUUGAACUUGACAUCAAAUCUUUUGAAUGAAACUAUUUCUGUUGAGAUUGGAAUGUUCCAAAACUUAGAGCAACUUUUCUUGUCACACAACAAAUUCUCAACUCCAAUUCCAAACAUAUUUGACAGAUUUCCUGCUCUAGGACUUCUUGAUCUUUCUCAUAACGAAUUCAAUGGCGAAAUCCCAUCAACUAUAGCUAAUUUGACAAGACUAAAUUUUCUUUUCCUAAACCACAAUCGCCUUUCGGGGAAAAUUCCUCACUCAUUAGGACGAUGCUCAGAGCUACACAAGAUUGAUUUGUCAUACAACAGAUUAUCAGGAACAAUCCCAUCUGAUAUCUCAAGUUGGAAUGAAAUUAGAAUCUUUAUCAAUUUUUCUCAUAAUCAACUUGAAGGGUCAUUGCCAUUAGAACUAAGCAAGCUAAAAGAUGUUCAAGAGAUUGAUUUGUCUUCAAAUCGCCUCGGUGGAACCAUCUUUCCUCUCAUAUCAAGCUGCAUUGCUGUUAGACUAAUCAACUUUUCACACAAUUCCAUCACAGGCAAACUUCCUAACUCCUUAGGUGAGUUAAAGAAUCUUGAAGUGUUUGAUGUUUCAAUGAAUCACUUAUCAGGAAUGAUUCCACCAACUCUAUCCGAAAUCCAUUCACUAACAUAUCUAAACCUUUCAUUCAAUGAUUUAGAGGGAAUCAUUCCCUCUAAUGGAAUCUUCAACUCAAUCACUUCACUUUCCUACCAAGGAAAUCCUCAUCUCUGUGUAAGAAUCUCUAAGGUACCCGCUUGUCCUCGCAAGAAACAAUUCUUUCACUCGCGAAAUUCCCUUGUUAUACUUUUCUCAAUACUCAUAUUCAUAUCAGCAUUCUUCACCAUAAUUUGUUGUGUCAUUAGAAUCCAAAGAAGACAACAAGUUGUUGGAAGAAAACCAAGAUUAAAUUCCUCUGAACCAAUCCCAAAAUUUCCAAGAAUUACAUACAGAGAACUGUUUAAAGCCACUGCAGGGUUUGAUGAGCAAAGACUAGUUGGGUCAGGUAGCUAUGGACAUGUCUAUAAAGGAAUUCUUUCAGAUGAGACAACAAUAGCAAUCAAAGUUUUACAUGUUCAAUCAACAAAUUCAACAAAGAGUUUCACUAGAGAAUGUCAAGUCUUGAAGAGAAUUAGACAUAGAAAUCUAAUAAGGAUCAUAACAGCUUGUAGUUUGCCUGAUUUUAAGGCUCUUGUUCUUCCUUACAUGGCGAAUGGAAGCUUGGAAAGUCGGCUUUAUCCACCGGGGACAAGUUGUUCUGAUCUGAAUCUUUUACAAAGAGUGAAUAUUUGUAGUGAUAUAGCAGAAGGGAUGGCAUACUUACACCAUCACUCUCCUGUUCGAGUUAUACACUGCGAUUUAAAACCGAGCAAUGUUCUUUUAAAUGAUGACAUGACGGCUUUAGUUUCUGAUUUCGGUAUUUCCAGGCUUGUCAUGACGGCAGGAGGAGGAAAUGUUGCAGCAGCAGCAGCAGCCUUUGAGAAUAUGGGAGAGUCUACUGCAAAUAUGUUAGCAGGGUCAAUUGGCUACAUUGCACCAGAAUAUGGAUUUGGCUCAAUGACAUCAACAAAAGGAGAUGUGUACAGCUUUGGAACUUUAGUACUCGAGAUGGUGACAAGAAAAAGACCGACGGACGACAUGUUCGGGGGUGAGUUGAGCUUGCAUAGGUGGGUGAAGAUUCACUACCAUGGAAUGGUGGAAAAAGUUGUGGACUCUUCUUUGGUGAGAGCUUUAAAAGAUCAAUUGCCUGAGGUAAUGAAAAUGUGGGAAAUAGCAAUUGGAGAGUUGAUUGAGUUAGGCAUUGUAUGCACACAAGAGUCACCCUCCACUAGGCCUACAAUGUUGGAUGCUGCACAUGACUUGGAUAGGCUUAAAAGAUACCUCAAUGGAGAUACUACCACAACAACUUUUGCUUCUUCUUUGGGGAUAUCUUCUUCCACCAUUAGUGAUUGCUAACAUCUCUUUCUUAAAAAAAAAAAAAUUAGUAAAAAAAAUUUGUGGAUAUUGCUUUUAUG